AUGUCUUUCGCAACCAGAGGCGCCCUGCGACUCUCUCGAACCGCCACUCCUCGCAUUGCCGCCCCUCGACCGACCGCCCGCUUCUUCUCUACAUCUCACGUCAGAGCCGUGUCCGACACCCACCAGAAGAAGAGCGUUGUCCGCGAGAAGGAAGUCCCGGUUACCGUCUACAGCGCUGGUCAGGGGCAAGGGGAUAAGCACACUGUUCAGGUUCCGGACGAAGCUGCUCAAGUACCUUUCGACAGCCCUGCUCCCCCUGCCGAGUAUGACCUCGUUCAGCCCCUGGGGAGGAAAGUCUACGAGGCGAUGCCUCGCACCAUGCGCAACAUGAGCGUGUACGGCAAGGUCAUCAUCGUCACUGGCGGUGCUCGCGGAUUGGGCAACUACAUGGCCCGCGCCUGUGCCGAGGCUGGUGCCAAAGCAAUCGUCAUUUUCGACGCCAACCAGGAUCUCGGGGACGAAGCUGCCGCCGAGCUUCACGACAAGUCGGGUCUCCCCGUCUCCUUCUUCAAAGUGGACGUCCGUGACGGUGCUGCCAUCAACACCGCAGUCGAGUCUGUCGUCGAGCUCUACGGUGCUCCCGAUGUUCUGGUCAACUCUGCCGGUAUCGCCGAUUCCAAUAUCAAGGCCGAGACUUACGAUCCUGCCAUGUUCCGCCGCCUCAUUGAUAUCAACCUGACUGGCUCCUUCCUCAUGUCUCAGGCUGUUGGCCGCGCCAUGAUGGCCGCUGGUAAGCCGGGCAGCAUCGUCCUCGUCGCCUCCAUGUCCGGCUCCGUCGUCAACUACCCACAGGAGCAGAGCUGCUACAAUGCCUCCAAAGCCGGCGUGAUCCAGUUUGCCAAGUCGAUCGCCGCUGAGUGGGCCAAGUAUAAGAUUCGUGUCAACUGCAUCUCCCCUGGCUACAUGGACACAGCUCUGAACCGCGUUCCUGCUCUCGAGGCCCAGAAGAAGAUCUGGAAAUCCCUGACUCCCCAGGACCGUCUCGGUGGCGUCGACGAGCUCAACGGUCUCUGUGUCUUCCUCGCCUCCGACGCUUCCAGUUUCAUGACUGGCUCCAACAUCAUCAUUGACGGUGGCUACUCGUGCUACUAA